GUUCAUUGGUAGAAAUAUAUAUAUGGAUGGAUCUGAUGACAAGCGAACCACAUAUGGAUCUGUCACUCACAACAAACCAAAGCAUGCCGCCAUCAACCACCACCACCACCUCUGAUCAUCAUCAUCAUCACCCACCACAAGUACCCAACCUCCAAACAAUCUUACAAUCCGCCCGUCCCUUCCUCCGCGGCGAGUUCGAAACCAUCGACACCAACCUCCCUUCCCUCAUCGCCGUCCUCAAAUCCGUUGGAGCAGGCGAAUGCUGGCACAAACAUGGCAGCUUUUUGGACCACCUCAUAGACAUCUACCGCAUACUAAAACUCUGGCAUGCUCCAGAUGCAGUAUGUCUAUGCGGCCUAUUUCAUUCCGCUUACUCCAAUUCUUACGUAAACCUUGCUAUUUUUGACCCUUCCACUGGCCGCGACACUGUACGUGGCCACGUAGGUGUCGCGGCCGAAAAGUUGAUACAUUUGUUUUGUAUCGUCAACCGCCAACAGCUCAUUUAUAAUGAGCUCUUGGGUCGGUAUUCUGACGAAACUGAACUUGUGAAACAUGUUCAGGAUUCAGAGGUUUCGUUGAGAAACGCGAAAAGGACGAUGUCGUUGGGAGUCGGAAAUUAUGAGGAAUGGAGGGAGAAGUUAAAUUCGUUUUGUCCGGAGACUGGAAUUGUGAUGAAACAUAUAAAAACAGGGGGAAAUGUGGUUUUGACCAGGAGAGUUGUGGCGACGUUUUUGCUAAUGACAAUUGCGGAUUUUAGUGAUCAGUUGUUUGGUUUUCAGGAUGUUUUGUUUGAGAAUAAGGACGGGAUGUUGAAGUUUUCAGGAAAUGAUGUGGGAAAUGCUUUGUGGCCUGGUGAUGGAAAGCCAGGAUUAUGGAUGAAUUCGUUAUCUCGAAUGGGUGCCAUUUAUACUUUGAUUGUGAGAGAAGAAGAAUUGUGUCGUAGACGUCAAUCGGGUCAAUUAGCUAACGUGGAUGAUGAAAUUAUCGAGCUAGUGAUACCGCCGAUUUUUGACAACUGUACAAAGGUUGUGAGUGCGAAAGAUCAGAUUGAGGCGCGGGAUUUGUACUGGGAAGGUGUUUGUGAGGUAUCAAAGAUAGGAUUAGAUGGAUGUGAAGAGGCGUUGAAAAGGAGUGUUGUGAAGAAUCCAUAUGUUGGGGAGCCUCAUGUGGUUUUGGGGCAAAUUUAUCUGAGUAAAGGGCGGUUUGAAGAGGCGGAGAAAGAAGGGGAACAAGGGCUGAGGCUUUUGUUGGAAUGGGGAAGUCCAUGGGAUAAGAGGAUGUCAUGGGAAGGAUGGAUAUCUUGGUGUCGAGUUUUGGUUAUGAAAGCCAAAGAGAAAUCAUGGCCGGAUAAUGGUUUUGGGAUCCUUAACUUGGGGCUCGUCCGAUAGGCUCUUGCAAUGUAUGAAGGUUGGUUUGUUUACCUAAAUAUAUUUGUACGAAAUGCCAUAUGUUUAAUUAGUAGAAUAAUGCUGGCAUUUGUAUGAUUUUAUAUGUAUAAGGAAUCACUCAAGAAACAAUUAGAAUGGUACUAGUUAUUACUUUUCAGCAAUCUUGUUCUGCUUUAUUAGUCCAUAGUACUGAAUAUGCAUAAUUCUGUGAUACAAAUCCAUUUCUAUUUAAUCUUCCUUUUCAUUGUUAA